GUUAAUUUUAAAACGGGUUGACAAAUUGAAAAAUGAAAAAUUCCGACCAGCUUCCGGCCAACGGAGGCUCUCAAUUCCGAUCAGUCCCAAAACGCUUCAUCUUCCUCAUCCUAUUCUUAUCCGUCACUUACAUUGCUUACAUUCUCAAAGUCCUCUACUCCGGCGAGCCCUGCCCCGACGGCGACGAACCCAUCACAGUCAACAACCAAAAAAUCACUGUCCCUUCAAUUUCAUCAGAACCCUUUAUAAGAAAUCAAACGAUCCCCAAUUUCCCACAAAAACCCCAUUCCCAAACGGAAAUCCAAGACAUAGUGUUCGGAAUCGCCGCAUCGGCAAAGCUAUGGCAGAGCAGAAAAGAGUAUAUAAAGCUCUGGUUCGACCCCACAAAAAUGAGGGCGGUGGUCUGGCUGGAUGAGCCGGUGGCGACGAAGGCAGAGGAGGCAGAGCUCAUCCCGCCGGUGGUGGUGUCGGAAGACACAGAAAGAUUCGCAUACCGGAAUAAACAGGGGGAGCGGUCGGCGAUAAGGAUAUCGAGGAUAGUGGCGGAGACGGUGCGUUUAGGGGCGGAGAAUGUGAGGUGGGUGGUGAUGGGGGACGACGACACGGUGUUUGUGGCGGAGAAUCUGGUGAGAGUGCUAAGGAAAUACGAUCAUAAUGGGUUUUAUUACAUCGGAAGCUCAUCGGAGAGCCAUUUACAGAACAUGAAAUUUUCGUACGGAAUGGCGUAUGGCGGCGGAGGAUUCGCAAUUAGUUAUCCAUUAGCGAAGGAAAUCGAGAAAAUGCAGGAUGGGUGUUUAGAGAGAUACCCGGAGCUUUAUGGCUCCGAUGAUCGGAUUCAGGCGUGUAUGGCGGAGCUCGGCGUUCCACUCACAAAGGAACUCGGAUUUCAUCAGUACGACAUUUACGGCAGCCUAUUCGGGCUCCUCGCAGCGCACCCAGUGACGCCGUUGGUAUCCCUGCACCAUCUCGACAUCGUCGAGCCCAUCUUCCCGGCGGUUACAAGGCUGGAAGCUCUCCGGCGACUCUUGGUCCCGAUGCGGCUGGACUCUGCAGCCCUAAUGCAGCAAUCGAUCUGCUACGACAGAGCCAGGGGGUGGACCGUGUCCGUCUCGUGGGGCUUUGCAGUCCAAAUUUCCCGGGGGAUUUUUCCGGCGCGGGAGAUUGAGCUGCCUAUGAGAACGUUCUUGAAUUGGUACCGGAGAGCGGAUUACAGUGCGUAUGCGUUCAACAGCCGGCCGGUUGUCAGAAAUCCGUGUCAGAAGCCGUUCAUCUUCUACUUUUCCGAUGCCGAUUUCAACUCCUCUGCAGGGGUUACUGUGACGGAGUAUUUGACCGAGCGUUCGCCGCAUCCGUUUUGCAAAUGGAACAUGGCCGAUCCCGGUGAGCUUCACAUGGUCGUGGUGGUUAAGAAACACGACCCCACAAUUUGGGAACAGGCACCAAGAAGGAAGUGUUGCAGAGUGAUGGGUAUGGAGAAGGAAGGAGUGUUGGGUGUUGAUGUGGGUACCUGCAGGGAAGGGGAGAUCAGUAACUGAUUUAAUUCAUUUCCUUAUUAUUUUAAAUACAAUUCAUAUCUCUUAUCAACCCCUUCAAACACGAUAUCGUUUAUCAUAG